AUGUAUUCGGAGCAGAAAAAUAAAAAUAAUAACAGCAAUGAUGAGUGAGUUUCAGCAGUAAUUUUCCUCAAAAAUCUCGAAUUUUCGCAGCGUCGAUGAGCAAAAAUGUACUCCAGCGCUUCGCGCGCAAAAAAAGCCAUCACGAGAAAAAUCGGCGAUGGAUCCGGUGAUGGAGCCGACUCCAAACCAGGAAGCAGUGGUAAUCGAUGAGCCGAUUGUUGAAGUGCAGGCAGCCGAACCGAUUGUCAUCAAAACCGAUCGAAAAGAGGAUGACAAUAACAAUUUGGACGAAAAAUCGGCGCCGGAUGCGGAUAAAACUGAAGAUGGCGAGAAAAAAGAGAAGAAAAUUGAGAAGAAAAAGAAGAAGAAGAAAGUGAAGGCGGAUGUUGUUGCUGAAAUUGUUCAGGAUGAAAAUAAUGCUGUUGGUGUGGUUUGUGGUGAUGAUGACGCAUCGCCUGAGGUGAAUAUUUGAAUUUGGAACAUUUUGAUACCAAAUAUGAUGGGGUAUUCUGGUAUUUUUGGCCCUUGGUUCGCGGGGUAUACUGUAUUGACUUGUGCAAAGACGGUGACGCGAAAAUGCACAAAAAUGUCUCGCGUCUCUCCAUGUUGCGCGCUAUUUUUCGAAAUUGGUCUCGCCACGAACCCCGAAACGCUAAAACGGCACCCGUCCGCUCCACCAAAGAUUAUUUCCAUGCAGUUAUUCACGGCGAUGAAGAUGGUGUACUCAGAUUUUCAUUUGAUGCAGCCGUUUUUGAGAUUUUGGUGGAAAAUUAAAGCAUGUCCCUUUAAAUGGCGAACCGAGAUUUUUUGUUCAGCAACAAAAAACGUGAUCACGCGCUCCACAUGCAACGCAGACCGCGUCGCGCCACAAUACACACAAAUAGGGGAACGAUUCAAAUUCCCUCCUUUUUUUGUGUGUGUUGCGGCGCGGCGCGGUCUGCGUUGCGUGUUUAUUUCGGUGGAGCGCGUUGAAAAAAAAACUGUGCGAGACUUGCAGAUGUAAUUUCACCUUUUUUUUCAGAAAGAAAAAAAGAAGCCGAAAAAAGAGGGAAGCAAAAAGAUUGGCAAAAAAACGGCGAAAAAAGAGGAGAAAUCACUGCACAAUAAUGUAUUGGUGGCUGGAAAAAGAGCAAGUGCGCGAAAAAUACAAAAUUCCGAUGAAGAUGUGAGUUUUUCGGCUGAAAAUCAUGAUUUUUCGGCUGAAAACGUCUGAAAUUCCAGGGAAAAGACAAGGAGAAAAAAGGAAGUGCUGCAACAACUGGACAGAAAAAGGGAAAAGAUGCGAGCACACGAAAAAAGCAGAAAAAAAGUGCGGAGCAGGAAAAAACGAAACGUCGAAAAGAUCAGCAUCCGGUUGCACAAAAUCCAGCAGCUCCGACGAAAAAAUCGCAAAAUCCAGCUCCGAAUCUGGCGACAACAAAAAAUACAACAAAUCCCAUCGCUCAGAAUGUGCAAAAUAAGAAGGAGAAGCCGUCGAACGAGGGAUUUUUCAAAUCGAUUUUUAAUCGCGCCAAAAAUUUGACAGCUAAUGGUGGAAGUAAAUUGGAAAGAUCUGAUGAUUCUUUCAUUGCGUGAGUAUUGAUUUUUGCCACGUGGCAGGGUUUUGACGGGAAAAAUUUAUGUUUUUUGGGACUGUUAUCGAAAAUCUCACCGAAAUAAACACGCAACGCAGACCGCGUCGCGCCACAACACACAAAAAGGGAGGGAAUUUGAAUCGUUUCCUUUAAUUGUGUGUGUGUUGUGCCGCGACGCGGUCUGCGUUGCGUGUUUAUUUCGGUGGAGCGCGUGUGGGCUUAAUCUCUGGCUCAUUCCCGUCUGAAAAUCCCCAAAUUCAAUUUGCAGUCCCCCCGAAUCAGCCGCCCAAAAAAUCCCGGAUGUCCGCGCUGAAUACGGUUGCCCUGAAGACUACGGUAUUCCACCGGAAAAACCGAUCGACGGAAAUUCGGAUAACAACGGUCAAUUAUUUGUGAAAGGCCGCCCGUUUUGGUGUCUUCGCGAGGAAAAACCACCGCCACCCAAACACUGUGUCAUCAGUUUUGCGAUGAGAAAAUUGGCGGAUGGAACUUGGCAAAUGGCUGAUUCGAUACCCGAACCGUAAGGUUUUUUUUCAUAUUAUCGAAAAUCUCAUCGCUACCACGCGCUCCACACGCAACGCAUACCGCGUCGCGCCACAACACACAAAAAAGAGAACGAUUCAAAUUCCCUCCCUUUUUUGUGUGUGUUGUGGCGCGGCGCGGUCUGCGUUGCGUAUUUAUUUCGGUGGAGCGCGUGGUACCGAUGAGAUUUUCGAGUCUGAUUUUGAUUUUGCAGCUCGGAUUUGGAUCCAUUUCAUACAAUGGAAACAAUGCAAUCACGCGAUGCAAUUUAUUGGAAAAACAAACAAUGA